UCGCCUUUAGAACUUCCCUGCAUCGGGGCAACUAGCAUCCAGCUGUGGAAGCUGACUUGGAACGCGUUUACAAAGGGAAAACGGCGCAGGCCAUCUAGAAGCAUCGCAGCCAGCUUCCAAAGGCAGUUCGGCGGCUCCUCGCGCGCACGGCACGCAGCGAACCCCGCGGACGAGAUGAAGGGCCUGUCGGGCGGGCGAUCGCACCACAGCCUCGUCGCCGACGGCUUCGAGCGCCAGCACGACGCCGUGCCCCCGCGCCAGCACUCGUACCCACGGCUCAGCCCGCCGGACCCGCCGUACGAGCGCGCGGGGCCGCCCCCCGCGUUGACGCGGCAGGCCUACUCGCUGGCGCACCACGCCGACCGUCACCCGGCGGGCGAGGCGCCCUACCACCGCUACAGCCUCCGCGGCGCCCCCGCGCAGGCCGAGUGCGCCGAGGCGGCACCCGGCGGCGGCGGCACGUUUCCGCGCUCGCACUACGGCACGCAGUUCGACGGCGUCGACGACUUCCCGCCCGCGCUGGCCGUCGCCACCUACCAGCACCCGCACCAGCACGCGGCGGUGGCGAGCGGGCGGGUGGCGCGCCUGCCCCCGGGGCUGCUGGACCAGCUGGAGCGGCAGCUGCCUCCGGGCCGCGACGGCUUCUGCACGCUCCAGUACCAGCGCGCCAACAGCGAGAGCCCCGGGCGCAUCCGCCACCUCGUGCACUCGGUACAGCGGCUCUUCGCAAAGUCGCACUCCAUGGAGGCGUCCGCCGCCGCGGGCAAGAGCCUGAGCAAGAGCGACAGCCGCAGCACGGUCGGAUUGAUGGACGACCAGCAAUAUCACCACCACCAACUUCUGCAGCAGCAACAGCACUUGCAACUGCAGCAGCAACAACAGCAGCAGCAGCUGCAGCAGCAACUUCAGCAGCAGCUGUACCACCAGGCGACGCUGUCUUCCUCGUCGCUGAAGCAGAGCCGGCGCAGCAAGAGCAGGGAGCGCAAGGAGUCGCGCCUGAAGGGCAGCCUCUCGGGCUGGUGGAGCUCGGACGACAACCUCGACGCGGACAGCGUGUGCAACGCGCCGAGCGUGUCGGGCCGCCGCUGCCGCGAGCGGCCCUCCUUCCACGAGUUCCCGUUGCGGCCCUCCAAGAGCAUCGGCGACGUGAAGUGCGCCGCGUGCUCCGGCGGCACCGAGCCCGACGGCGGGCGGACGCUCCGGCGCGGCGCCUGGUCCACGAUGACGGUGAGCCAGGCGCGCGACGCCUACCGCGACCCGCUCGCGGCAUCCCAGCGGACGCUGCACCGCGCCGACACGCGGCCGGCCUCCUUCGACCGCAUGUACCAGUUCCUGCAGGUGCCCAAGGCCGAGUGGGGCUACCCGCUCGUGGGCAGGACCGAGAUCCCCUGCCGCAGGAUGCGAAGCGGCAGCUACAUGAAGGCCAUCGGCGACGAGGAGGGCUCCGACUCGGACGCGAGUCCCAGGCAGUCGCCACGCCGCCACUUUCAGGCGAGCUACCGCCGCCCGUCGAGCGAUCGCCCGCCCGUCGGCCAGAGCCAGAGCUACCUGCGUGCGGUGAGCGAGGCCUCGCUGAACCGGAGUCUUGACAGCCUGGAUCCCUCCAGCCUCCUCUCUUCACCCAAGCUGGCCCCACGCAGCAGAGGUUACGAAAGAAGCAGGCUGAGUCAGCCGUCGUACCACAGCCAAGACAUGAACGGACAGUACGGCUCCCUGCGCGACUCUGCGUACGAGUCGCAGGCGGUGGAGGCGCUGGACCUGCCGGGCUGCUUCCGCACGCGCAGCCACAGCUACCUGCGCGCGAUCCAGGCGGGCUUCGUGCAGGAGGGCGACUGCCUGCUGCUCUCGCGUCCCUCCGCCUCCUCCUGCACGCCCCCCGUGCCGGCACCGCGCAGCGGCGUCCCGCGGCCCAGCACGCUCUCCUGUCUGGGCGUGUACAAGAAAAGCGGCCCUCCGGUGCCGCCUCGGCUGGGCCCCAAGCCCUUUGUGUCCGUCGGGACUCAGAGCAGCACGGAGUCGACGUCUGCGGCGGUGACCGCGGUGACGGCGGCGGCGGCGGCGCAGGACGUGUAUCUGGAGCACAUGCCUCAGCAGGGGGAGGUGCCGGUGCGAGACGGACUCCUCCGUGAGCCCUGGGGAGGAGGGGGUGGCUCCGAGGUGGCACAGCCGCCACAGCACAAGCCCUGGUCUCGCACAAACUGUGUGACUAUGAGCGCCUCCCUGGAGAGCGUGCGUGCUUCCCGUGACGGGCCCGCGGCAGGCCGCAGCUCGCCCGCGCGCCGCUCCAUGGACCGCCAGGCGUCGGGCUCGACAGACGGGCCCGAGAGCCUCGUCUCGGACGAGUCGGGAAAGUCUCUGGCGUCGCCGGGCGGCAAGAAGCGGCCCUCCGUGGCCGUGCAGGUGGACAUUCCCGAGGCGGCAGCCGCGGCAGCCGCGGUCGCGGCGGUGCUGUCGGAUGCCGAGAGCGGGGAGAGCGGCGAGCGCUACCAUUCGAUAGGCGUGCAGGUGGAGGACGAGCGCAGAGCCGGCCGCUACACAAGAUCCAACAGCGUGACCACCGCCGUGCAAGCAGACCUGGAGGUGGAAGACCUGGCCCGCCUCUCGAUCUUCACACCGGAGAAGGUGACCCGCUCCGCGUCGUCGUCCUCCAGGGCGAGCCACUCGCGGUCGGGAACGCCCGUCGCCGGCCACUCUGCCUUCCAGCACGUGGCGCAGCAGGCCUCGACGGAAAAGGGGAGCCAGACCCCUGCGAGCAGCGACAAGCCGUCGCACAGGGAGGGCGGCAAAUCGGGCAGCCGCGCCGCUGCGUCGAGCGUCGACCGGAGCGGCGUACGCCGCAGCAGCUCCCAGCAGCAGCACGGCCGAGCCGUCCUGACGCAGGAAGACUGCGGAGGCCAGGCCGCAAGUCUCGACGGCGGCCCUCCUCCCAAUGGAGGGCGCGUGUCGCCAUGCGUGCGAGACGGCCGCUGGUUCAUGCGGCUGCUGCAGAGCGAGACAGAGCGGCUGCAGGGCUGGUGCUCUCAGAUGGAGGUGGAGACUCAGGGCAAGCAGCUGUCCGAGGAAGUUCUGGGGAAAAUUCGCAGUGCUGUAGGCAGUGCGCAGCUUCUCAUCGCCCAGAAGUUCAAGCAGUUCCAUGGUCUCUGCCAGCAAAAUUUGGACCCGGACGCCACGCCUCGCCCCACCUCCACAGACCUGGCUGGCUUCUGGGACAUGCUGCAGCUGUCCGUGGAGGACGUGAGCACGCGGUUUCACGAGCUGCAGCAGCUCAAGGUGGCCGGAUGGAUUCAGGCCACGCCGCCGCCUCCUGCCGCCAAGGAAGCGGGCCGCCAACUGGCGACGGCGGGGUCGGUGACGUCGCGCCGCGGAGGCCGCGCCCUCCGGGGCUCCCUGAGCCGCGACAAGUCGAGCAGCGAGUCGGCCGACAAGCAGCGCGCCGAGGAGGCACGCAAGCGGCUCAUGGCGGCCAAGCGGGCUGCGGCCGGCCGCCAGAGCUCUGCCACGGAGAGCUCCGACAACAUCGAGAUCUACAUUCCUGAGGCGCAGACGCGACUGUGAGGCGGCGGCGAGGCGGGGGAGGCCUUGCCCUCUCACGCCCGCCAGCCCCCGUCCACACCCACACCCAUCUCCCCGUCAUUGGCACAAACCCCAGGUUGGCACUGUGACUGGAUCACAGCGAGGCAAAGCAACUGCAGAGAGCACCUUUUGAGCCCGACGUGUAGUUGUUAUUUUCAAGUGGAGCUGCGAUGUAGCCCCGUAUUUUUGCAGCGAAGAAGUCGACAGUAAAAAUGCAGAAAUUGCCGCCUCGGGAGUUUCCCCAAGGCCCUUGGACUUGCAACCUCCUCCUACGCACCGUCGCUGCAACACAAGCCUGCAUUCCGAAUUGUAAAGAAGGCAGUCUGUUCAAUUUGGAUUCAGCAUUCUACAAUUCAUUUGCGAUGGAGAUGUGAUACUCCAGCAGAUAUAUUUUAAUUAUUUGCCAUUGGACAUUUUAAAUGAAACAACCCACUCAAUGAAACAAAAAAAAUCGUCUCGUCUUAUAUGAAACCAAUAACAUUUAUACACAGUUCAGCAUCGCCAAAUUAGUAGCUUGCAACAGAUGCUUUUUGGUCUGUGCAGAAGGUCUUUAAACGUGCGGAUACCAUGGAUGAACAUCAGAGAGACUAAUUGAGUGAAAAUUGGACUUUGAGCAAAUGCACUUGUGCAAAAAUGAGUGUACCACAGAAGUAGCCGAUGUAUGUUGUUUAUUGCCUUCCUAUACAGGUAAAUAUAAAGAACAAUUUUGAAUAAAACUACAUUUUGACUUAAAAUUUUCGUGACUGCAGGAAUUAAUAUUCUUUGGUUCUUUCGGUAAAGUAACAUAGAUAGAAAAAUCAUGAUAAGUGUACUGGCAAUCUAUAAUGUAGACGGUAGUCUGGUUAUUAAGUUUGGUGAGCGUACUGGCAGUCUAUAAUAGACUAGCCUACAGUCUACAUUAGACUGCCAGUACACUCACCCAGCUUAAUAACCGGGCUACAGUCGACAUUAAUACUAUUUGGGUCUUUCGGUAAAGUCACGUAGAUAGAAAAAUAAUAAAAUACAAAAUCACGACGUUUCCAUCGCAACACAAGCAAUCGUCUUCAGGUGACAAAAAUACAGCGGGCAGACUGCUGAGGCAGGAAGAAAAAUGUUCUCUAUCUUCGUGGCUUCACCAAAAGACCCAAAGAGUUUGAAUUCCUGCAGUCACGAAAAGCUUGAAGUCAGGAGUCUACAUUAGUGUUUUUAUUGUUAUUUUAUUUUUAUUCACUUUAUUAUUAUUUUUCUACGUGACUUUAUCGAAAGAACCAAAUAAUUUGAAUAAAACUAAUUUAACAUU